CCCGCCACGCCACGCCCCCUGGUUCCCGCCGACCCCAGGCGCGCGCCCGCCCUUCGUUGGCCACGUGUUCUGCGGAGGGCGGUGCAGGGGGCCGAGCCGAGAAGAUGUUCUUGCUGCCUCUUCCGGCUGCGGGGCGAGUUGCGGUCCAACGUCUGGGGGUGAGGCGUUUCUGGAACUCGGCUCUCGCCGGUGCAGACAUGACGAAGGGCCUUGUGUUAGGAAUCUAUUCCAUGGAAAAAGAUGAUGAUAUGCCACAGUUUACAUGCGCAGGAGAGAAAUUUGAUAAACUGGUAGCUGGAAAGCUGAGAGAAGCUUUGAACAUAUCUGGACCACCUCCGAAGGCAGGCAGGACCCGGACCUUUUAUGGUCUGCAUCAGGACUUCCCCAGCGUGGUGCUAGUCGGCCUUGGCAAAAAGGGAGCUGGAAUUGACGAACAGGAAAACUGGCAUGAAGGCAAAGAAAACAUCAGAGCUGCUAUUGCAGCGGGGUGCAGGCAGGCUCAAGACCUGGAGCUGUCAUCCGUGGAGGUGGAUCCCUGUGGAGACGCCCAGGCCGCCGCGGAAGGCGCGGUGCUCGGUCUCUAUGAAUAUGAUGACCUAAAGCAGAAAAAGAAGACACGCGUGUCAGCGAAGCUCCACGGAAGCGGGGACCAGGAGGCCUGGCAGAAAGGAGUCCUCUUUGCUUCUGGGCAGAACCUGGCACGCCACUUGAUGGAGACCCCAGCCAAUGAGAUGACGCCAAUCAGAUUUGCCGAAAUUAUUGAGAAGAAUCUCAAAAGUGCUAGUAGUAAAACAGAGGUCUAUAUCAGACCCAAGUCUUGGAUUGAGGAUCAGGCCAUGGGAUCAUUCCUAAGUGUGGCUAAAGGAUCCGACGAGCCCCCAGUCUUCUUGGAAAUUCACUACACAGGCAGCCCCGACACAAGUGAACAGCCCCUCGUGUUUGUCGGGAAGGGAAUUACUUUUGACAGUGGUGGUAUCUCCAUCAAGGCUUCUGCAAAUAUGGACCUCAUGAGGGCUGACAUGGGAGGAGCUGCAAGUAUAUGUUCAGCCAUCGUGUCUGCUGCAAAGCUCAAUUUGUCUAUUAAUAUUAUAGGUUUGGCCCCUCUUUGUGAAAAUAUGCCCAGCGGCAAGGCCAACAAGCCUGGGGAUGUCGUCAGAGCAAGGAACGGGAAGACCAUACAGAUCGAUAACACUGAUGCCGAGGGGAGGCUCAUACUGGCUGACGCACUCUGUUAUGCGCACACCUUCAAUCCCAAGGUCAUUAUCGAUGCCGCCACCUUAACAGGUGCCAUGGACAUAGCUUUGGGGUCAGGUGCCACUGGGGUCUUUACCAAUUCAACCUGGCUCUGGAAGAAACUACUUCAGGCCAGUAUUGAAACAGGGGACCGUGUCUGGAGGAUGCCUCUUUUUGAACAUUACACAAGACAAGUUGUAGAUUGCCAGCUUGCUGAUGUUAAUAAUGUUGGAAAAUACAGAGCUGGAGGAGCAUGUACAGCUGCAGCAUUCCUGAAAGAAUUUGUGACUCAUCCUAAGUGGGCACAUUUAGACAUAGCAGGUGUGAUGACCAACAAAGAUGAGGUUCCCUACCUGCGGAAAGGCAUGACCGGAAGGCCCACGAGAACCCUAAUAGAGUUCUUAAUGCAUCUCAGCCAAGAGAAUGCUUAAUUCAGAUGCUCAGACAUUUCUUUAUUCUGUCUUAAAUUGGACAGUUGAGCUUCAAAAGAUUUUUGAAUGAAUGGAUGAAAAUCUUUUAAAGGAUACAAAGGAUGGUAUUUAAAAAUUAGAACCCUAAUGAAAUUUAUAUGCCUUGAUUUUUCAUUUUAUGCAAAGAUUUAUAAAGGUAAAGUGAAUGUCUUGCUUGGCAAGGAUUUUUAAGAUACUCUAUCAGUGAUGAUUAAUUUUUAUAAAACUUCCUAAUCAAUUCUCAGAGUAUAUGUUUUUAAUUGAGAAGCAAAAUUGUAUUUCAGAUUUGUGAUGCUAGUAAUGUGAGCACACUGAAAGUUACUGUGCGGUUGUGAGAAAUGAUAAAUCCAACUUUCUGUGCUCUCU